GCGCAGAGCAGCGAGCUCCACCGCCUGCUCUCUGUGUGUUUCCACUGUUGUUCAAAGCCAAAGGGGAGCAAACUGAAAUCUUCAGUAUAUUCUUUAAUGGAAAACAGAUUAAAUAUCUUGUGAUUAACCAGCCCGAGAGGAGGAAGAGGAGGAGGAGAGGAAGAGCUACAGAGGAGAAGGACAGACACGGGAGGAGAAAAAGAAAAGGAGGAGGACAGGGAGGAAAAAUCGGGACAGUAUAAUGCUGCACAUUUGACUGAAAGAUGUCCAACGUUAACGCGGAAGCGACCAAUAUGCUCCCCAUUCUCAAGAAGAAGCUUGCCUUCCUGUCAGGGGGCAAAGACCGGCGCAGCGGUCUGAUCCUGACCAUCCCUCUUGGUUCAGAUCAGACCAGCAUGGAGGAGCUCAGCGCCACACUGGACUAUCUGCUCAGCAUCCCCAGUGAGAAGUGUAAGGCUCGGGGCUUCACCGUUAUCGUUGACGGACGAAAGUCUCAGUGGAACAUCGUGAAGACGGUGGUGCUCAUGUUGCAGAACGUGAUUCCAGCCGAAGUGUCGCUUGUCUGCGUGGUGAAGCCGGAUGAAUUCUGGGAUAAGAAGGUCACACACUUCUGUUUCUGGAAGGAAAAAGACCGCCUGGGCUUUGAGGUGAUCCUGGUUUCGGCCAAUAAGUUGACUCGUUACAUUGAACCCAGUCAGCUGACGGACGAUUUUGGAGGAAGUCUGGACUACGACCACAACGACUGGCUCAACAAGAGACUGGUUUUUGAGAAGUUCACGAAGGAGUCGACGUCUCUGCUGGACGAGCUGUCCAUCAUCAACGACAGUGACAAGAGCAGCACCGUGGACAAGGAGAAAUCAGCUGACUGUGCCCUCUUGCCGUCCUUUGACCCUGAGACGGUUCUUCAGACUGGUCAUGAGCUGCUUUCGGAGCUGCAGCAGCGUCGUUUUAACGGCUCAGAGGGAGGAGGAGGAGGACAGGGAGGUCCAGCCUGGUGUCCCAUGGAGGAGGAGCUGCUGGCUCAGCCUCAGGUGAUGAAGCUGCUGGACUCGCUCAGGGAGCAGUACACCAAAUACCAGGAGCUCUGCAGGCAGCGAAACAAACGCACCCAGCUGGACGAGAUCCAUGCCAAGGUCAUGCAGGUGGUGACCUGGCUGCAGGGUCCAGGCUCAGAGCUGCUGAAGACUCAGCAAGCGAUCGGAGACUCGAUGCGAGCGGCUCAGGCCCUGCAGCAGAAACACGAGGAGAUCGAAAGCCAGCACAGUGAGUGGUUUGCAGUGUACGUGGAGUUGAACCAGCAGAUCGCUGCCUUGCUCAGUGCGGGGGAGGAGGAGGAGGUGGUUGAGCUGAAGGCUCUGCAGCAGCAGCUGAGUGACGUCUGCUACCAGCAGGCGGCUCAGCUAGAGGGUCGGCAGAACGUCCUGCAGGCGGCGCAGGGCUUCCACAGCACCACACAGGAGUUGUCCCAGCAGUUGGACGGCCUGCUGGGCAUGCUCUGUGCUGACGUGGCUCCAGCUGACGGAGCUUCAAUCCAACAAAACCUCAAACUGUUGGAGGAGAAGCUGCAGAGUGUCGAGGCAGGUCUCGCUACUUUGCGUCAGAAGGGGGGGGUGUUGAUGGAGCAGAUGUGCAGCCAGCCAGCGUGGCCUCUGGAGGAAACGGAGAGUCCAGCUGGAGAACAGCAGGACAACGUUCAGCAGAUCCAGGGCGUGAUGGAGGAGAUGCAGCUCCGCAAGCAGAGGUGUGAGGACAUGGUGGACGUGAGGAGGCUGAAGAUGCUUCAGAUGGUCCAACUGUUCAAAUGUGAAGAAGACGCUUUACAGGCAGUAGAGUGGCUUGGCGAGCUGUUGGACGCCCUGUUGAAGACUCACGUCAGGCUGGGGGACGACACUCAGGAGACCAGAACCAUGUUGGACAAACACAGGAAGUUCGUGGACGUGGCUCAGAGCACCUACGAUUACGGCCGUCAGCUGCUGCAGGCCACCGUCGUCCUCUGCCAGUCUCUACGCUGUACGACACGCUCGUCUGGAGACACUCUGCCGAGACUCAACCGAGUCUGGAAACAGUUCAGCGUCAGCGCUGAAGAGAGACAACAGAGACUGGAGCUGGCUCUGAACUUCCACACUGCAGCAGAGAGGGUGUUACAGCAGGAAUGUGUGGACGCAGAGUCUCUGGAUGAAGUCGACUCUUCUGGGAAAAUUCUGCUGGACAGACUGACCAUGCCUGUUAUCUUCCCUGAUGGGACCGAGCAGUACUUUGGGAGUCCCAGCGACACAGCGGCGGCAGCAGAGGGCGUCAGGGAGCGCCUCCUGCUGGUGGAGGAGCGACGGCUGCAGUUGCAGGAGGCCAGGCUUCAAAAUGACGAGGAGGAGGAGGUGCUAAACGGGCAGGAGGCCCGGUUGGACGUGAUCGGAGAGGAACUGAGCGAGAAAGAGGAUCAAGAUGAGGAAGAGGGGGAGGGGGAGGCGGGGCAGUGGGAUGAAGACUUGGAGAGGGCGACGCAGGACUGCUAAUGGAUCGCUGGUGACGUUAAACCAAGCAGCCUUAAUGAAGCUGGUUAACGAAGGGCUGCAGAUUAAUUUCCAGUAAAACCUCUGAUUGGUUGCUCCUCUUUCCCUGCAGCAGAAAUGGAGUUUCUUUACAUUAAGACUACAUUUUCCAUCGGCCUCUCUGCUCACCGAGAAAGAGGAUGAUUAGAGCUGGAACAACAGCACCCUCUACCUGCUUGUCUGCCGUUAAGUGAUCCAGCAGAAGUGUAAAAUACUGGAAUUAUUAAUGAAUUCAUUAUUAAUAUUCAUAUCUCCGGAUACUUUGUGGAAGACGAUCGACUGUAAAAUAAUCCGCUUGGAUCAGAAUACUUCUAAUGUACAGCUAACACCGCCUCCUCAUCUUUCCCAGCAUGCCUCUUGUUCACCUAAGUGGGUGGAGCCUCCAUGGUGCUAACAUAGCUACCAAGGUUUCUGUCUUUGCCUCCACCGACCUCUCGCCUUUCUUGCUUCCUUGCCUCUUAUAAUUUCCCCUCCUCUAACAGAAAAGAUGAAUUCUGUGGCCUGUACAAGAACCUAAAAGGCGGAGCUACAGUUUAUCCAGUGUGCCGUGACCUGAUCCUGUUCAUUGCUCUGUCAGACGACUGUCUGUUCGAGCUUUUCAACUCUGGGAUGGACAUGAAAUGUUCCUGGUUGAAUCACCUGUACAAAACAAAACUUCAAGUCCCAAAAAGCAUUGCAAAACAACAAGAGACAACAUCAAAUCAGCUGAAAAUAAAACCGUUAAAUUCAUUCUAAAAUCCUCUUGAAAGUCUUUGGAACCUAAUUCGUUCCCGUCUUUCUUUAAGGAGCAGUGUGUAGGAUUCAUGGGUAUCUAUUGGCAGAAAUGGGAUAUAAUCAUAACUGUUUUCAUUAUUGUAGAAUAUACUGAAUCUAAUAAUCAUUGUGUUUUCUUCACCUUAGAAUGAUCCUUCUGAUCCUGCUGUGUUGGAGAGCCAUGUUUCUACAGUACUACGGCCUUUAGCAUUUCAUCAAGUUGCAACCUCCAGUUCUGUAAAGUGAAGCCAAUGCAGAAGUGCCUUAAACCUGCAGUCUUUCUAAUGGCCAGUAGGGGGCGACCCCACGGGUUUCAAAAAUAAGUCAAAUUGUACACAACAAGUCUUUAAAUAUAUGACCCAACUUCUUACUUGAUUUAGUAUUUUAGUAAAAUACUAAUCAGUUUAUGGUUUCAUUCAGGAGUUUUAAGUCUUCUCCAUUGCAACAUGAUGUUCAUUUUGUACAUUAUGGUCCCAUUUAGAGUGAAAUAGACGAUAAACUGUGGCUACCUGGUCACUACCACAGUGUACUGUGUGUUUUCAUACUAGAACUUUGGCCCUUUCAAAGUGUUUCACUUCAUGAAACUGAACUGUAGUUUGCAUGCUUGAAAAUGUCUUGAAUUAGUUCAGGUUGGACUAAAAGACAGUCUAAAGGACUUGGCAUUUAAUUUUAAAUUACGGAUGCACCUUGCUAACUAAGUUAGCCCCUCCGGCCCUGCGCUGGUUCCAAAAAAACAAAACAAGAUGGCUAUGGCUAAAACCCUUUAACUUGAGGCUUCAAAACAAUCAUCCACAAACCCAGUGGGUGUUACAGUAACUAUGUUAAUUACUUUUUAUACAGUCUGUUGUUUAAAUGUUACCUGAAAGCCUCCAUAGUUUCUAGAGGGGUAUUCAUUUGGUUGCAAUUUGUAACAUCGCCACUAGAUGUCACUAAAUCUUACACACUGGACCUUAAAGCCCUCUGAUUGGAUGUUUUUGGAGAAAUAGUCUGUAGGACUUGUAGUUGUAACAUUUCUGUGAUGCUUGACAUCUUAUAAGGACUCAGAAGUUUCAACCACUCCGCUGCUCUACAGAAACCCUCUGCCUUCAUGAUAAAAAAUCAAACCCAUGUCUCUUUGCUCCGAUCCAGACUGACCACAGGUCCAGAGGUGACCUGACGGCAGUCCUGUCUACAAACUGGGAGCACUGGUGGCCAACAAGGAGACACCAGAACCCUUUUUUAUUUAUUUGACUUUUUUUAAGCAGAACUUGCUGUUAUUAGUUGGUUCUUUUGACCAAUAACUGCUGCUGUAAGUUUAACCGCUAAAUACUGCGUCUUGCUUUGUCAUUUCCAUCCAGUAAUAUAAACAUGACAUCAGUAUGACAUCAUCCUCUAAAUAAAGAAGCAUUUUGAAGUUA